AUGCUGUGGCCAAGGCAUGAAGAGAAAGACACUGAUGGCACGAAUGGAGACCACUCUGAAGAGGACGCCAACGACCAAGAAGAACUCAAGGAGAUUGUCCUGGCGCCGCCUCUUCAAGGAAGUACCCUCCUGCCUGCGCCCGCAGCCGCCGUUAUAAGUGGCAUCACUGGCUUGACUUCGUUCUACGUGCGAGCUGGGACGAAAGUGGGCGAAUGGGGCUUAUAUGCCGGAAGAGAAGCCACGUUGAAGACCUUGUCCGUCAGUAGGAGUGCCCUGGAAGCCGUCCUAGUCGCGGCAGGUCGAGAUGUCUCUGCCCGAAGCUAUGGAGACCUCGGGAGGGCUGAAGCAGAGAAUCUGCUGGAGAAAAGCAUAUCUGCACUUUACUCGACCAUUUCAACCAUUUCCUUUGUGGCGUCGGCAGGCUUCCAUUUGACCGAGGCUUCGAUGAACUCAGUCUCUGCCCUCUCGAUCCAAGGAUUGUCCACGCUCAAUGCUAUACUCGGCUCCACCGAAUCCUCCCGCGCGGUUGCCGCCAUCAUCACUCUGAUCAAGGAUGAACUGAACAAGCCCGAGCACGGGAACAACGGCGAAAUCGUCUCAUACUUGGACGUCAUCAUCGGCACGGUUGGGUUUGUUAUGCUACAAAGAUGGGGUCGGCGUAAAACAGAACUCGACUUCAGAGAUGCCGGUGGUGAAGAAACCAUCUGGGAUGCUGUCAUUGAUGACAAAGGCUUCAAGGCUGACGUCGUCGGGACAAGGAGGAAAGGCAUGGUCAGCAUCCACACUCAUCAGACGGCUCCAUCCAUGACGUUUGCUUCCCCAGACGGCGAAGAUGAAUUCGAAGCCUUGGAACGAGACACAUUGUUCGACUAUUCAACAGUCGCCCUGGCACCAGAAUCUCAGACCAAAUUGACCGACGAGGAAAUCCGGGAGCGCAUCAUGAGCCAACUGCCGGAUGGGGCUCGAGCAGUCAUUACAUCGAAAACGCUCACUGCCAAAACAAUCAAGGUUGACAUCUACGAUGCCCAGACAACUCAUAUUGAUCCUCCACCGGGCACGGUCAUGGUUGCGGAAACGCUCAACCAUGGCGAUUCUGAGGCAGGCGUACAGGGCGGACCUCAUCAAACAGUCAUAUUUCGAACCGCCUUGAAGAAGUCGAGUAGCACAGAUAUUACCUCCCCCUCUGACCAGCUGCGUCUCACUCGUGGCGACGUGCAUAUGGACCAUGAUGACCCUGACGAUUUGUUCAUGAUGGACAGUACCCCAAAGCGGGUAUCGAUAGUGGAUGAACCCAUGCAGAUGGAGGAUCCCGUUGUCGCCAACCAUGACAAUGAGCAUGAGACCGUGGAGACCUUGGUACCUCCGACCGUACCUCCCAAGGGUAUUGGGGCGGUGGCUAACCAGAAGAAAAGUCGACGGCCAGUUUUAUCCUACAGCAGAUCUCCACCAAGUGCCAAUACGACGAGUCGAAUACCGGUCGGCAAGACUAAAAAAGACAAAUCACCGGCGUCUGUCAAGAACGACAAAGGCGGAGUGAUCAAGAAAGCGUUGAGGACAUUCAGCCCCAGCCAGUCGUCAGCAACAAUCAAAGACCUCAACAAGCCUCUGCCUCCUGUGAAGCCUGCUUCUCUGAAACCACCGCAACAGCUGAACUCUCGUGUACCUGCAGCAGUACGGGGCGAUAGGAAUCCACGAAAAACGCACGUCUCUCUCAGCCAUGGUCAUACACCAUUGACCAGUCCCAGUCUACAUCGUGCCGUUGGCCAAGAAUCAUCUUCCAGCUAUUUUGCGUUGCAUCAUCGCAGAAGAGACUCUUCUGUGUCGCAGACCACCGAGACUUACUCAGUACAUUCUGUCGAGAGUCGAUCUGGGUCGCCGACGUUCACGCGUACCCACACUCGAGUUGUUGGCGGCCUCUCUCAGACCAAGUCUGAACUGGGACUUGCAGUUGACGAAACGGAUUCUCGACUGGACACGGCUAACGGAUCAGUCCACCGCCGAAUGUCCCGAUCCUAUGUACCCAGCUUGUAUUCAAUGGCAACCAAAGACUCGAAAGAAGCCAUCAUCAUAGCACCCAAGACCCCGGUGCAUCGCAAGUCUAUUUUUGAAGACCACAAUAUAUUGAACGCUCUGAUUUCGCACGGUAAAGUACCUGGAAUCUUCCCCGAUCGCCAUAUGGUGAAAACAAUCCGGCGAUUCGCCAGAUUUGCGUCCGCCUCAUACGGCUCCAACUUUCUUCGUGUCAUGGGCCUGUCCUCGGCCGAAGCUCAAUUGAGCAAAGCCACAGAACUGAUGACUUUGAAUGUCCAUCACGAACAUAGUUCGUUUUCAAGUCAUACAGGGUUACCUCCCGACACUAUCCUCCUGUCCUCCUUCUAUGACCCCCAAGGCGUCACAGGCAAUACCGACUGGUCGCCGUCUGCAAUAUCACCGCUGAUACAUUUCAUCUCCAUCGACGAUGAUUCAAAAGCGGUCGUCUUGACCUGCCGUGGAACUCUGGGGUUCGAGGAUGUCUUGACCGACAUGACCUGUGACUAUGACGAUUUAGUCUGGCAAGGGCAACGAUACAAGGUACACAAGGGCAUCCAUGCAUCUGCACGACGAUUGCUUGGUGGUAAUGGAAGUCGGAUCAUGGCCACCAUCAAAGCCACUCUUGAACAAUACCCAGAUUAUGGUCUUGUACUUUGCGGGCAUUCAUUAGGAGGUGCUGUCGCCGCCAUCCUCGCCAUCUUGAUGUCCGAGCCUUCCUUUGACGGCUCGAACACGACUUUCGUCACCGGAAACGCCCCGAAACUCCUGACACACACGAACAGUGACGGUCCCCAUACCUCGUAUGUCCCACCGAUCAGUCUUCCUGCAGGUCGCCCUAUACAUGUCUAUGCAUACGGCACACCCGCAUGCGUGUCAGAGUCUUUGCGGGUGGCUACCCGAGGCCUCAUCACAACGAUCGUCAACCACAGCGAUAUUGUCCCGUGCUUGUCGCUCGGCAUUCUACACGACUUCCGCACGGUGGCUCUGCACCUCAAGACGGACACGACUGAUGCUCUCGGUGCGUUGAAAACGCGAGUCUGGCAGCGCGUGUCGAACGCGGUCAAGUCUUCCUUGUACAAUAACCCAAAGGGCCCUCCUCCGCCGGAACACAUGGCCGGCGACGGACUUGGAGAAGACACCUGGGCUUGGGCGGCUCUCAAGACACUGCGUGCGGCCAUGGUCAACGACAAACUCGUGCCGCCUGGCGAGGUAUUUGUGGUGGAGACGACGCGCGUGUUUGACAGACUAGAUCCAGACGUUGCUCGCGAGUCCGUCUUUGGGCCGGAUGAUUCCAGGGACGAUAGGACGGAAAAACUGUAUCGAGCCCUCGGUCGUCCGGCCACCAGAGUGCAAUUCAAACUGAUACGCGACGUGGAGACGCGGUUCGGCGAGCUUAAGUUCGGACGCGACAUGUUUGGAGACCAUUCACCGGGGAGAUACGAGGCUGCGUUGGCCGCUUUGGAGGCCGGGAUUUGUGAAGACUGA